AUGAACACAAAAAACAGAGAUAAAGAAAUUAGAAGCAAAAAAUGUAGAGAAUAUAGCGGAGAUGAAGAAAAUAUUUCUUACUGGAAAGUUGAAUAUCCUCCAGUGUUUCGUGAAGCUGCUGAUUAUUUGGUAGAGAACUUGAAUGGUGAUCCGCGAUUUCUAAAAUGUCUGGAAAAGACGUGCGAGAUGAAUUAUGUGAAUCUAGAAGCCGUGAAGAAAUGUAUUGGUGGUCUGUAUCAAAUCUCAUCAAAUGAUAUUUAUGACUAUGGCAAUAUUACGAUUUAUGCAAAGGAUUGGGUGGUAAAUGAAAUAAUUGCCUUGAGCCUCAUUUUCAAAUAUUUUGGUAUUCCUUUCAGAUAUUUGAAUGAGAAUAGACAAGAGGUGAAUUUUCCAUACGAGAUAUCAUCAGAACCGUUUUAG